AUGUGGAUUGACAGGAGUGGGAAGGAUUUGGAUGUUGGAGAGGACGAAUUGGAAGAGAUUUCUGAGGAUGAGAUAGAGCUCGAAAGACAGGAAGAAUAUGAGUAUAGGUUUCAGGAAAAUCCAGGAGAUAGGGUGUUGGGUCAUGCUCGGAAAGUGGAGGGAUCAGUGAGGAAGAAGACAAAUACAAGGAAGGAGCAGAGAAAGAGCAAGGAGGAGAGAAUGGCUAUAGCACAAAACGAGAGGGAGGAGGAGUUGAAGCAUUUAAAGAAUUUGAAGAAGCAGGAGAUACAGGAGAAGGUUAAAAAGAUAAUGGAGACUGCAGGGAUUAAUGAUGAUGAUCUAAUCCCAUUGUCUAUGGCAGAAAUCGAAGAGGAAUUUAACCCAGAGGAGUAUGAUAGAAUGAUGAAGGCGGCAUUUGAUGAUAAAUAUUACAAUGCAGAGGAUGCUGACCCUGACUUUUGUAGUGACAACGAUGACAUUGAGAAGCCAGAUUUUGAAAAGGAGGAUGAAUUACUUGGGCUUUCUAAAGGCUGGGAUGAAAGCGGAUCCAAUGGUGGGUUUUUAGCUGCAAGGGAAAUAGUGUUGAAAGAAAAGAUUGAGAAUACUAGUGAUGAUGAUCUCCCAGAAGGAGGAGAUGAAGAAGGAGAUGAGGAAGAAGAGAAGAUUCCCGAGGAAGGUAGUCGGAAGAGGAAGCGCAAAACAGCACUUUUGGAGAAAGCAAGACAGGCAAUGAUGGAUGAGUACUAUAAAUUAGAUUACGAGGACACAAUAGGGGACCUGAAGACAAGAUUCAAGUAUGCUAAUACAAAACCAAAUAGAUUUGGCAUGAGUGCCUCAGAGAUACUAUUAAUGGAUGACAAGGAAUUGAGUCAAUAUGUUUCCUUGAAAAAGCUUGCUCCCUACCGCGAUGAAGAAUGGAAACUAAGCAAACAAAAAAGAUACGCGCUGAAGAUGAGGGCUAAGGAGCUUCUACGUGCAAAAAGUUUGGAGAAGAAGAAAAGGAAGAAGUCAAAGGUUGAUUCUGGCAAGAAAACUUCGUCAAGAAGUGUUGUGGAGGAAGAAAAAGCAAGCCCGGAAGAAUCAAAUGUUAAUACGGAUAAUUUGUCUAGGAAAGCCAAGAGAAGGCGACAAGGGGCUAAUUUGAAGUUGUCACAGUUGAGGCUUAAGGCUUAUGGUAAAAUCCCCUCAAAAUCCAAGCAUGGAGGAAAGCACUGA